UGUCCUGUAUUUCAGGAUACAUAUAACUGUUUAUAGAUGCUGCACCCCAGUACCUGUAACAGAAUACAUCAUCGAAUACAUCAACAGCUUCAUGAACAAUAAGCCCUUACUAGAGUCAGAGGAUUUAGACUUGACAAUCACAACAUCCUGGGACUGACUGAGACACACAAAAGAGAAACAUUGAGAAACCCUGUUGAUACCUGAAGAGUGUCUCUUUGCCUCCCGCCAUGCUCUCCAUUUCAUCCUCACCCCCUCUCUACCUUAGUUUCCUCCUCUUUGUUUUGUACCACUCCCCUGUUCUCUCCUGUCGGAUUGGGAACUACAGCCAGUGUGAGUCUGCUCCCUUUGUGCCAGGCCACAACCUGGUGGGAGAGGGCUUUGAUGUGGUCACCCUGCGGCGAAAAGGAGCUUAUUUGGUUGAUGUGAGGACCUACCUAACUCCAAGUGACACCUGUACCCUCUGCUCCAACCCUAUUCAAGGCGACAGGCUGCAGAAACUGCCAGUCUCUGUAGUGGACUGGCGUGCAUUCAGCAGAUGCAAUACUGACCUCUACAGCAGUGCACACACAUCCGUUAGCUCACUGAUUAACACAUACACCUACCAGGACAGUAAUGACUGGAAGUUUGGCCUGGAUUUAGAUAAGUUUGUUUCAGCCAACCUGGAUAUAGGGGGAACACGUUCGUCUGCGUAUAACUUUGCUACAGCAAGGACACGAGAGGACCGCUACUUCUUUAGUACACACAGGGUCACCUGUAGCCAUUACAGUUACCGUGUGUCAAGCACACCACCCCUCAGCCCUGAGUUCAGUAAGGAUUUGGCAAGGCUGUCAAGUUCCUAUGACUCCUAUACCAGGGCUCAGUACAGUGAACUCAUAAAUACCUACGGCACACACUAUAUCCGCCAGGUUAAUCUUGGGGGACGACUCAGGCGAGUCACAGCUGCACGUAGCUGUUUGUCCACACUGAAUGGGCUCUCCUCAGAUGAGGUGCACUCCUGCUUAUCACUUGGUGUCUCUGUAGGCCUGGGGAAGGUGACAGUAUCCAGUAACCAUAAGUCUUGCACCAGUGUCCUACAGAACCAGGACUUGUCCAACUCAUACAGCUCUGGUCUCCACCAACAUCAAACAGAGGUGGUAGGAGGCACUUUUUGGUCAGGGGAGUUUUCACUCUCUCAUAACGACUCCCUGGGCUAUGAGAACUGGCUGAAAACCCUCAAGGACCAGCCAGAUAUUGUUGAGUAUUCCCUCAGACCAGUGUACGAGUUGGUGCCAAAUGAGACGCAGAGGGCCGGGAUGAAGGCUGCCAUUGAGCAGUACUUAGCAGACAACGCUGUGCCUAACUCACCCAAAGAACCAGAUUGUGGGUGGCGCAUUCCCAACCUGGCUCCCAACUGCUGUCCUCAACGGGCCUGGAAAGGAACACUGGUGGUGACCAUCGUCCAAGCCUGGGGUCUGAAAGGAGAUCCAACUGGCACAACUGAAGGGUAUGCCAAGAUGUGGUAUGGUUCCAUCUACCACAGGACUCAUAUGAUCUGGUCAAACGACAGCCCUAGAUGGAAUGCUCGUUAUGAUCUGGGCAAGGUGGAUACAAACUUGGGUUUGAAGGUUGAGGUCUGGGAUGAGGACACAUACAGCAAUGACGACAUUCUAGGAUCAUGUGUGAAAUACCUGAUCCAGGGGACACACACCUUCACCUGUCCAGCCCCGGGAGGCGGCGCCAAGAACGGUGGCUUCGAGGUCCAGUACACCCUGACCUGCGACCCUCACCUCAUUGGAGACAAGUGUAAUCAUUACAAACCAUCUCCACAGUGAGAAAUGCAUUCUAGGGCCAUGCUAUUCACAACUUGCCACUUGCUUUACUUUAAUCAAGCAUGAUAGCUGAUCAGUUGAUCAUUUAACAGGUAAUAAAUGACUGAGGGCUUAUACAUUUAUUUUCCUACCAUUGAAACACAAUAUUUCUUAUCUGUUUGGGGUUCAAUAAAUCAUUUGACCAUAUAAAUUACAGGUAAAUUCACAUAGUGACUUAUCUUUACAUCUUAAAAUAAUUAUGUUGGUCUUGAAAUCAAGUGGAGAUAAACUGAAUGUGAAACAGUAGAGAAAAAUUGUAUCAGAAUCGAAACUGAUUGUACUUGAACAUCUUUGUCUGCUCUGGCGUUUCACAGAAAGGAAAACAGUGAAAUGCCUAUAGCAAAUACCAGCUUUAAAGGUUAAAUGAAACAAGCUUUUGACAGAGAUGCAGCUGGCAUGUAUCACUGGAAUCUGUGGCACAUUCCAUUUGUGGAAUGAAGAAGUCUUUUAGAAAGAGAACAAUAACACAGCUUAUCUUGUUUUUUGUGUUGUUGCUACGAUGUCAUGAAAAAUUGCGCCUCGUGUUUUGUUCAAACACACACACCCACACCCACACCCACACACACACACACACACACACACACACACACACACACAAACAUACUCCAACAAGCACACACACUUUUAAUUUUCCACUGUAUGUUUUCGCAUUAAUCUGGUCCUUGAUAGAUUGCUUAGAAAAUGACAACUGUGUGUGUUUGUGUGUGUAAAAAAUAAUAUGCUACUUUUGGCAGGCAGCUGGAUUCUCGAGAUCACAACAUCAAGGAUCACAUAAGAAUUCAUCUUUUCGGGCUUCAAGUUGUUCGCUUUUGUGCGGACCAAUAAUGGUUUGGACCAAUUAGCAUCCUAUGAGGAUUCUUACAUGAUCUCGUGAAUCCAGCUGCCUCGCAUGGUAGAUGGUGAUAGACGGUUCAUCCGAUCACCUCCCAAGUAUCUUUUGAAAGUGCCUACCCUUUUCCAAACAGUUUCCAAGGACGACUUCUCAGAUGGUUCUGUGUUUGUUCUGUCUGUCUCUCUUUCUUUCUCAUGUACUGUGCUUCUUUUUUAAUCUAACAGUAACAGGUACAACACAAGUAACUUAUACAGAUUUAUAUGGUGCACUAUAUUUACCCUCCACCAUUUAAUUUGAGUGUCUGAAUUUUCAGUUUGUACAUUAAUUCACGAAAUUGAGCCCUCAAAAAAUUUCACAAUGGAAUGAAAAAAGUAGUUCUGCUAACGAUCCCACAAUGCAUUGCACCGCAAUUACUGUUUUGCGACUUUACCACUGUGAGUGAUGAUACAAAGUGAAGAUCAGUAAGAUGAUGAUUAAAUGUCAAUUUACUGCUCACUAUUUAGUAACUUCGUAACAAUUGAGUGUCAGUUAUAUGGGGAGUAAUAAAUGAGUAAAAAUGGGAGUUUUAUCAUCUCAUCUGUCUGUCUUGUAAUAACUAUCCAAUUAAUGACCCGUGUAAAAAAAAAAAAAGAUUAAUGGAAGUUUAUUUGUUACUUACGAUUGAGAGCUGUGAAUUGUGUCAGCCAGUUCCCAACAGAAUCUCAAAGAUGAUAGUCAUGGAAACAAACAUGCAGCUGAAUGUGCUUCAAGUGUGUGCAACUACUUGAAAAUUAACAACUUUUUUUCUUACAUCACCAGGCAGUAUAACCUGCAGGUGGAUCAAAAGAAAAUAUAAAUAUUAUCUACAUUUAACUCUGACUCAGGUGGACAAACAGUAAUAAAGCAUAUUGUAUCAGAAGAAAUGUCAGAGGAUUAACACAAAAGUGAUUUAGUGUGACAAGAAAGAUGGUGUACAACCUGUUUGACUGUUUUAUUGUUUCAAGUGAACGGAAAUCGAAAGGGAAUUCAUGUUAGUCUUACAUGAACCAUCUGUCAAAACAGGCCUGUGACACCCCUGUGGGGUGGUACUUUUAAAGAACCGUCAAAAAAAAAGGAACCAGCAGAUGGUGGGGGUCAAGGAGAUUACGCUAUUGUCUGGAUAUUGGAAUAAAUCUGAGCCUAUUACUCUGGAUUUUUUUGUUUGAAAGACCCAUAAACAGAGAGUUGCAAUAAUCCAGCCUGCUCAUGACAAAUGCAUACAUGAGUUUCUCUGAGUCAGAUUAAGAAAUAAAGCCUCUGAUUCUGGAAAUGUUUCUGAGUUGGAAAAAGGCAACUUUGGUGAUGCUGUUAAAAGCUGAGUUCACUAUCCAUGGUUACUCCCGGGUUUUGAAUCUGGUCACUUGUUUUUAGUGAUCUGGACUCCAGAUACUUGCAGACAAGUCAUCUCUGGGCUUUAAAUCUGAGCCUAUUACUCUGCUUACUCAUUUGCUUACUCAUUGUCUCCUCUCUUUUAUCAAUGAAAAUGUCAAUCAGUGUUCCUCAAAGGGCAUCAAAUACACGCAAACUCCCAACCACAAAGAUGUUCCAGGAAAUCGAACUGCUGCUUAAGUUAAUAAGCUGCACUACACAUAUAAGAACCAUUCAGAAAAACACUUUUAAAUGAGUUUCAGGGUCAGGAAUUUCAGUUUAUUUCACAGUUUUCCAAGUCUGU